AUGCAAGGAUUGAACAAUUAAAACUACAACCCAGUAGUGAGACCAAAAACCUUGAUUUGCUAUAUUUGUGGAAGAGAAUAUGGAACAAAAAGUUUAGAGAUUCAUCUUAAAACUUGUCAGGAGAAGUUUCUUAUGGAGGAAGCAAAAAAGCCAAAGAAUUAGAGGAGACCCUUGCCAUAACCUCCGAAAGCAAUGGGUGGAAGUGGAAAUUAUGAUACUGAAUCGUAUAAUGAGCAAGCAUUUAGUGCUUAUAAAGAAUAGAGUCUGGAGAAAUGCGCAUAUUGUGGAAGAACAUUCAAUAGAGAAAGUUAUCCUAUCCAUUUAAAAAUUUGUAAGGCAGAUAAACCCUUUAAACCACUUCCUGGAUUUGUUUAGAAUCCAAAAGAAGUCCAGUAAUAAAUGAAUAGGGAUAAUGGAGGAGGUUAAUAAGGAAAAUCAAAUUCUAAUGGUUAUUAGGGAGAAUAUAAGGCUCCCGUUCGACCAAAGACUUUGGUCUGCUACAUAUGCGGGAGAGAAUAUGGCACUAAAUCUUUGGGAAUCCAUAUACCUUAAUGCAAAGAAAUGUUUAUAGUGUAGGAAAUGAAGAAACCAAAAGCAGAGAGAAGGAACCCUCCUACUACUCCAAGAGGCCUUUGGGAUUUAUUAAAUAAAGAGGACAUUACCAUGGAAGAUAUUAUUGCAUAUAAUAACGGAGCAUUUAAUAAAUACAACAAGGAGGCCUUAGUUGCUUGUAAGAAUUGUGGUAGAACAUUUAAACCAGAAGCUUUGGAACAUCAUAUCAAGGCUUGUACUGCUGAUAACCCUUUCAAAGCUCUAGAUGCUGUUGAGGAGGGAGGUACAGUUGAAUUAGUGCCUUGCAAGAAAUGUGGAAGGAAAUUCUUGCCAUCUAGAGUUGAAAAACACGAAAGCAAUUGUAAAGAUAUAAAGGGAGCUUCAUAAACAUAAGCAAAUGGAUUUUAGAAAUAACAGUAGCAAUAAUAAGAAUAAAAAUAAUAAUAAUAGGAAUAAAAAUAUGAAACUCCGCAGUAAAAUCAAAAAUAAUAAUAAUAAUAAUAAUAAUAAUAAUAAUAAUAAAAGUAAGUUUAAAAAUAAUAAAGUUUCUCAAAAACAUCAGUUAAUUUUAAUGAUAAGAGUUUGAAAUGUUAUAAAUGUUUUUAAGACUGUAAUAAUGUAUAAGAUUUGAAAUAGCAUGUUUAGAAUUGUAAAAAUUAAGGAACAAAACCUUAAAUCUAUGAUGAUUUAAUAUAAAUACCAAAUCCAUCUUAAGCACUUCAAACAAUUUAUAUGAGCUCAGUAUUUGAGAAUUUCUAAAAAAAUGAUAAUAGCAGUUAGAAGGUGAAUGAAUAACCAAAAUAAUUGUCCAAAUAAUAAUCAUAACAUUAAGAAAAAUAAUCAGUGUAAAAUUAAAAUAAUUAUUCCGAUGAAGAUCAAUAGAAUUAAGAAGAUGAAAUUGAUUUAAUUGCAUGUGAAAAAUGCGACAGAAGGUUUGCAUAAGAUAGAAUAAAAAAACAUAUGAAAGUUUGCAAAGGCAAGAAGUAUUUUGAAAAAAAAGAACAUGUAGUUGAAGUUCAAAAGGCUCCUAAAACUGGAUGGAGGAAAUAUCACGAAGAAUUCAUAAAUACUGUAAAGUAUAAUAGACAAGUGAAAAAAAUAUAAGAGGAAGGAGGUGAUAUCAAAUAAUUGGGACCUCCUCCAGUAUCUUCAAAUAGCAAUUACGUUUAAUGUCCUUAUUGUCAAAGAAAAUUUGAUCCAAGUAAGGCUGAAAAACAUAUAUCUAUUUGUUAAAACGUAGUCAAUAAACCAAAAACAAUUCAAGAAAAGAAAUAAAAUUAAUAGAUACCCAUUCCAUAAUAAUAAUAAUAGAAACCAAAUCAAUAAAACUAUUCAUAGUAACAAAAAGUUUAACAAACUAAUUAACCAUAGUAAAAUUCAUCUAACCCAACAUAUGGAAGAGUAUUUUAAUUGAAUGAUGAAAAUCCCUAAUAAAAAUCAUAAUAGUAACAAUAAUAAUCAAAUAACUAACAAUUGAAAUCCUCUUCAACAAGAUAAUCGAUUUCUUCUUAAAAAACUCCAUAGCCUUCUUCAAAAGCGGUAGGUCAAUAAUAGCAAUUAUUAUCUCCACCCCAACCUGGCAAUUAAUUUAGAAUAAGAUCACCAUAAACAACAUAAAAAACCUAAUAAGUAAAAUAAUCACAAAAUCCUACUAAAAUUGAUAACAAUAUAUUCAGACCUCCAACUUCUGGAAGAACUUAAGAGUUAACAAAGCCUAAUUCCCAAUUGCAUUUAAAACCAUUAAGUUAAAAUUAGAAUAUGUUUAGAAAAUUUUGA